CCCCGCCCCUUCCUGUUGGCGUGGAGGCUGUCGGGUCUUGAGCAGAGCGGACACGUGCUGAGUUGGUGAACGCAGUGAGAAUCGCGAGGACGCAGACAUGAGGCCAGGAUUCAGUCCCAGAGGAGGAGGACGAGGAGUUGGGUUCGGUGACCGAGGAGGGUAUGGAAGCCGUGGAGGGUUCGGCGACCGCGGAGGCCGAGGAGGGUUCGGUGACCGCGGAGGCAGAGGCGGUUUUGGAGGACGUGGCAGAGGAGGGUUUGGUGAUCGCGGCGGCAGAGGAGGAUUUGGCGAUCGUGGUGGAAGAGGGGGAUUUGGUGGCGGCAGAGGAAGGGGCGGACCUCGAGGAAGAGGUGGAAGAGGCGGAUUUGGAGGAUUCGGAGCAGGAAGGAAAGUGGUGGUGGAACCACAUAGACACGAAGGAGUGUUCAUCUGCAGAGGGAAGGAGGACGCGCUGGUGACAAAGAAUCUCGUUCCUGGGGAAUCGGUCUAUGGGGAGAAGAGGAUGUCGGUGGAGGAGGGAGAAACCAAGAUUGAAUACAGAACCUGGAAUCCAUUCAGAUCGAAGUUGGCAGCCGCCAUCUUGGGUGGCGUCGAUCAGAUCCACAUAAAGCCCGGUGCUAAAGUCUUGUAUCUGGGAGCUGCUUCUGGAACUACCGUAUCCCACGUUUCUGACCUGGUUGGCCCUGAAGGCCUGGUGUAUGCCGUGGAGUUCUCUCACCGAUCGGGCCGCGAUCUCAUCAACGUAGCCAAAAAGCGCACAAACAUUAUCCCCAUUAUCGAGGACGCCAGGCACCCCCACAAAUACCGCAUGUUGCUAGGAAUGGUCGAUGUCGUUUUCGCCGAUGUUGCGCAGCCGGAUCAGACCAGAAUUGUAGCCUUAAACGCCCACAAUUUCCUGAAGAAUGGCGGCCAUUUUGUCAUAUCCAUAAAGGCAAAUUGCAUUGACUCGACAGCGGCUCCGGAGGCCGUUUUUGCAUCGGAAGUGAAGAAGAUGCAGCAGGAGAACAUGAAGCCCCAGGAGCAGCUGACCCUGGAGCCGUAUGAGAGGGACCACGCAGUGGUGGUCGGCAUCUACAGGCCUCCACCGAAACAGAAGAAAUAAUCCGGACUCUCCAAAACCCUUUAAGACUUUAUUUUUUAUAUGUUUGGCAACUUAUUUUUACGCCGAUUUUUCUCCUUGGAAGAGCGAUGAUUGCCAGGACUACCCAGAAUUUGUCAUCUACCUCUCCCGCCUGAGCUCAGCAGAGCCGACGUUUGAGGAUCACAACCAUCUCCAUUUAAUAGAACAUUACAGAGAAUCGACUCCCUUUUUAUAACGCCAUCGUCCCUGCCGUAGUAUGAAGAGGGGGGGUGCAAGCAGUCGUGUUUUUAAAUGCUGUAAUCUAAUAGUAACCAAUCAGAAUUCGUCUUGUGCUUGAUUACAAAAUUGGAUCCUGAUUGGCUGCUAUGGGUUACAACACUUUGGAAUUGGCCCCCUUUUUUUUUUUUAUUGGAAACAGCUGAAGUUUUGUUUAGCGCAUGUAGGUACCACAGAUGCAUCGCAUGCCGCCCGUAGGUCCGAGAUGCUUUGCCAUUAAAUGAGAAAUAUAACCUGAUCCCUUCUGCUUGGAUAUUAUUAUACGAGGAGGUGUGGAGAUUUAUUAAAGGACGUGUCCACUUUAUCCAUUUCAUAUAAAUUGUAUCUUUGUUAUACCACCUUUAAUUGUGGCGGGUUUCCAGUUCCAUUGUUUAGAUUGCAGUAGUAAUGUCAAUGUUGGGGAAGAUUUAGUUAAAAUAAAAAGCAGACGGCUGGGUGCCCAAAUAACAUUUUUCUUUGUUCUGACCAAUCAGUGAUGUUUCUUGGGCUCCUGCCAUGCCCCUGAGGAAGUGUGUACAGUGUUCUGCUACUGUACUGGGAGACAGAACUGGCACAUGAGUGGACAAGCCCUUUAAGGGUCAUUUUUCUUUAAUGUCAAUUCCUUAUUAAACAUUGCUGCAGAAUUGAGUUUUUAUUGAACACCUUUUUAGGAAGAAAAAAAAAAUGAAAAGAAUGAUUUAAUUUUUUUUAUUUUAUUUUUUCACCUCCCCCCUUACCUUGCUAUUGUAUAUUUUUAUAUGAUGUGAUAAAGCUGGAACAGAACAGUUUAUGGAAGUAAACAGUUAUCUAUAAAUA